AUGGCAGCUUCCAUUUCGGAGGCCGUCUACCCUGAAAAUGAACUUCGCAAAUAUCAUAUUGAUGUUCCUCAAAGUACUUCGAUGUCCGAGUCUACUUCACGCAUAGUGAAGAUAGUAAAGCGUAAGAAGAAGGUUCAAGAUGUCACUACGCCCGUUCCAUCUCAAAGCAUAGAAUGUCAUAUUUCUGAGAGUUCAUGGACUCUCAAAAACUGGUACAGACACAUCUACUGGCAUAACUUCCUUGUCGUUGUUCUUGUUCCUUUGUUAGGAUUGUCGUUGUGUAUUAUAACACAGCCCGAACUUAUUAGACAGACGUUCUACUUCGCACUGUUUGAUUACGCAGUGACUGCACUUUCUAUCAACAUUAUUUAUCAUCGUUAUUGGUGUCACCAUUCAUUUGAAACCAAUAAUGACCACCUUAUUCAACUAUUAACCAUCAUUGCCAGUGGUGGAGGCAUAACAAGUGCCCGGAAUUGGUGUGCUGCUCACAGAGCUCAUCAUCGUCAUUGUGAUAUCACAGACCGUGAUCCUCAUAACAUUCGACGUGGUUUUUUCUUUAGUCAUAUUGGUUGGAUGAUUAUCAUCUUCAAUCCACGUGUUUCAGAGGCAAUCAAGGCCGGAAAGCUGGAUAAGUUCUCUAAUAGCGAGAUGGUUCAAUGGCAGGCCGAGAAUUAUCUAUCAUUGUUUGUCUCAUUUGGACUUAUUAUACCCUGUGUGAUGUGUGGCUGGUUGUUUAACGAUUAUCUAGGAGGUUUAGUUUACGCUGGCUUCUUCAAAGUGUUUGUUCUUCAGCAAUGCUCUUUCUGUAUCAACUCUGUGGGUCACUUGGUUGGUACAAGACCAUUUAACAGCACCAAAUCUUCCAGAAAUAACUUGUUCUUGAACAUAGUUUCUCUGGGAGAAGGAAACCAGAACUUCCACCAGGAAUACCCCAUGGAUUACCGUAACGGCUAUAAGUGGUACUCUUGGGAUCCUACCAAAUGGAGUUUACGAUUGAUGCAGACGUUUGGUCUUGUUUUUUCUCUUCGUAAGGCAUCUCAAUCGAGUAUAUACAAGUCGUUGGUUCAAGAACGGCAGAGAUUACUUGAUAACACGAGAUCCGAGCUUAACUGGGGCAUUCCAAUUGAUAAGCUUCCGGUCUUCACUCCGGAGCAACUCAAUGAAUUGUCCAGAGAUUCAAAUGGUCAUUACUACGUGGUUGUCUCGGGUAUUAUCCAUGAUGUUACACCAUUUGCAAAAGACCAUCCAGGUGGAUUGGCUCUUAUUAAAGCUGCGCGUGGGAAAGAUGCCACAACUGCAUUUAAUGGCGCAGUUUAUCAGCAUUCCAAUGCAGCUAGAAAUUUAUUGGCUACUAUGAGGAUCGGUGCUUUAGGGGGUUCUGAGAAGCUAUACUGGAAGCAGGAAAGAAUGGAGAAUAAAGCGGUUCCAUUGGAUAACGAUUCGGGGGGGCAAAGAAUCGUUAGAAGUGGAUCUCAGGCUACAACUUCUAAUAGCGUCAUUGGGGGAACUGCUGAUGCUGCAUAA